GGAGGAGUUUCUCUCUCUCUCUCUCUCUCUCUCUCUCUCUCUCUCUCUCUCGCCUCUGUUUUAAAGUAAUCUAAACUAUAAAGUGCCUCAUUCGGACAGUGUGUGUGUGCUGUGUGUGUUUGCAGGGCUUUGUUCAGUAAUAAUCCCAGAGUGAGUGUUUAUUCGAGGGUGAAGAUGAGUGUGAACUUUGCAGGGUGUAACUCAGUGUUGAUCACAGGGGCGAGUAGAGGUCUGGGUCUGCAGAUGGUCAAACAUCUAGUAGGAAUCUCAGAGAGACCCAAGAAGAUCAUCUGCACAGCGAGGAAUCCAGCUUCAGCUCAGGAGCUGCAGCAGAUUGCCAGAUCUCACCCCGAGGUUUAUGUCGUGCCUUUAGACGUGGUAAACGAUGCUAGUAUUGAAGCAGCAGUUCAGCAGGUGUCGGGCAUCGUGGGCCCCUCAGGCGUAAACUGUCUGAUCAACAACGCAGGGAUCCUGAUUCACUCAGACCUGAACUCAGAGACACGUGAGGGGAUGAUGAAGACAUUCGAGAGCAACACCGUCUCUCCUCUGUUUGUUACUAAGGCGUUUUUGCCGUUAUUACGAGCAGCAGCAGCAGGAGCAGUGUGUGAUGAAGGAGUGAUGAGUGUGAACAGAGCUGCAGUGAUUAACAUCUCGUCUCUCCUCGGCUCUGUGGAGCUCAACCGGGGAGAAUUCGCUGCUAUGAAAGUUUAUGCUUACAGAGUGUCCAAGGCAGGUCUGAACAUGGUGACGAGGUGUUUAGCGGUGGAUCUGCAGAAUGAUGGGAUUCUCUGUACGGUGGUUCACCCCGGCUGGGUUCAGACUGACAUGGGAGGAAAACAGGCUCCUCUGACUCCGGAGCAGAGCAUCUCGUCUCUCCUAGCUGUGGUGUGUGCGCUGAGUGAAAAGGAUCACGGGCAGUUUUUGGAUUACGAGGGAAAGACGUUGCCGUGGUGACAAGACGCCUGACGGAGGGUCUGAGACCCCUUCACACACACAGCAAGGGAGUGUAAUUUACUCUCAGUGUUUAUGGAGUUCAAUAAUUGAUAAUCAGAUGCCGGAUUUUAAAAUCAAACAAUUAAUGAAUGUAACCAAAUCAGUGUAAUUUCCUGGAUCUGAUCUGAUCAUUCUGCAUAUCACCUGCAUUUAGUUUUCUAAUGGUUUGGGAAUGUUAAACCCGUGUGAUGUGAAAUAAACUACUUAUUCUUGUUGGAGCCAGUAACAUGGUGCUGUUUCACAGUUUAAAAUCACAUGUUAAUCCUAUGACCUCUCAAAUGAUGGUCUGUUCUACAUCUCCAUUCUCAUGAAUUACAAACAAACGUGUGUGGACUGAAAAUAAACAUCUAAUUAAAGCAUUAGAAAAAUUG